AUGAAAUCAAAUAGAUUCAACUUUAAUAACAACAAUAAUAAUAACAACAACAACAAUAAUAAUAAUACAAAGAGAGAAGACUAUAAAAAGUCUUAUUCUUCGUCUUCGAGUUUACCUCCCAAUGCACCUUCAUCAAAUAAUGCCUCUGCCUCUGGAGGAGGAGGAGGAGGAGAAGGAGAAGAACCAGUAUUAGCAGAGAAUCUACAGAAAUUAAAGUUUAUGCAAAGAAGAAAGGAAGCAGAUUUACGUGUACAGUUACAAAAAGAGUUGGAUCAGUCUAUACAAGAAUCACAUUGGGUUGCAAAGGGUGCUUUCGAUGAUGGUGAAACUCUAACAACCGGUAGUUCAAGUGAAGUCAUUGGCUUUAAAUCAACGGGAAGAAUGUCAUUUGGUAACUUUAAUUCUCAUGUAGAUGUAAUGUAUCAAUCAAUCAAUAAUCAUCAAUAUGAUAUAUAUGAUAAAAACAAAAAAAUAAAUCAAGAAAAGAAAGAUAUAAUGGAAGGAAAAUCGAUAAAACCUGCAGUCAUUGAUACUACUCCAUCCAAUCAAGUCAUUACAAAUAUUUCAGAUAGAGUUCAACCAAAACCAACAACAUCAUCUAAAAAGAACAAUCGAAAAGAUGAUGAUAGUGAUGAUGAAAACAAACAAAAAGAUGAUGCAAAAAAGAGAAUUAUAAGUGAGGUUUUAGAAGAUUACGAUGGAUAUGUGGAUUCAGAUCAUAACAAAAAGAAACAAAAACAAUCUAGUAGUAGUCUAUUGGUUACAGGUAAUAAUAAAAAGAAACAAACAGGUAAAAAGAAUUGA